GCUGGUUAACGCGAGUUUAAGUAGAGGGAAGCGAACAAAUUUGUCAAGAACACAGAAUGUGAACAACUCUGUUAAAGUAAAGAACUAAAAACCAGGCAAAUAUUACACACAACGACAAAAAUACGAAGCUUUAAUAAAAGAAAAAUUGUUGCAAAUUUUAAGAAUUUUACAUGUUUUUUUAAGUUUUUUCAUACAUGAAAUUGUGUAUUAGUGUGUUUGUUGUUUUAUUUUUUUUUAAGUGUUUGGCUUGAACAUUUUCGCAUUUUGUUUUAAAACGUUUGUUGGUUAUUUUAAGACGAACUAUAUAAAUAAUUAAUAGUUAGGAAAAUAAAAUAAGAAGACAAUGAUGACGAUGUUUUAAUGUAAAAUGUGUGAAAACAGAUGGAAAAAGUAAAAAAAAAAGAAAUAAUGGAAGUUGUGUGAACUUUUUGUUACUGCAAUAUUUUUCCAUUUCUGCAGCAAUAGACAAUAAAUCUGCCCUUAGCAACAAACUAAAAACGAAUUAAAUUUCAUUUAAUUAGUUUUCUUUUUGCCAAAUACAUACCUACAAUAACAAAAAUUACAACAGCUCUUUAAAGAGUUUAAAAGUUUUCAACUAAUUCCAAGGGAAUGAAGAAAGAACAAAGAAAAUAAGCAAAUUACACGCGUGAGUGCCUGCAGUUAAAAAGUCAUAAAUAAUUAACGCCGCAAACAUACUUCAACAUUUUGUUGUUUAAAUACAAUAAAAUUACACAUUUUCUAUCUACUACUAGUAUUUAAUUUCCUUUUACGUAAACUUGCCUUUCAAAACAACAAAAAGAAAAUUGUCAGGUUAAUUUUUCUUUUUACAAUUUUUCUUUUUAACUGUCAACCGAAUUUGAGAAUAAUCACUGUGAGAGUGUAAAUAUCACACGCACUCAAAUGAACACUUUAGUAUUAUAGUAUGUGUAUUUGUUUGUGUUUAAUUCAAGACAACGGUUAAUUUUUGUAUGCUUUUUAUACAGUGCUUGACUAAACAAAAAUACCAACAACAACAACAAUUAAAUAAACUUUUAUAUAAAAAAGAUAAUUUUUAUAACAGAAGGAACAAUAAUCCACUCAAAAAAAAAAGUUAGCGUAAUUUUUGUUUUUCGAAUUAAGUUGUGAUAAAAUUUAACAAAAUUUUGAAAGAAAAUAUAAAAAUAAAGUUUGAAGCUUACGCUUUUAUAAAGAAGCUUUACGUUCAAAAUUUGUGUGAAAAACCCGUCAACACGUUACCACCAAGUCCCGCACUUGAAGCUGCUGUAGAGGCAACAACAAUUGAUCAAUGUUGUUUUCAUAACAUCAACAAUUGCUCUGCUGCCAACUGCCAUCCGGCUAAUUCCACAACAUUUUCAUCAUCUUUAGCACAAGCAUUGCCGCUAGCCGCUUUGUCUACAAGUUCACCUGCAACGCCUGCUGCUGCUGUUAGCAUAUCAACGCAUAGACCGCCGGUUUCUUCGUGUACAACCGCCACAGUUACAACGAAUUUAUCAUCAUCAGCUCCUCCAGCUUCGCGUAGCAGCAGCAACGUUUUGAUCGGUUUGGAUCACAUCUUCACAUCAUUCCUAAUGAAAAUGGAAGUUUUGUCCGUGCAAAAUCAUCACAUUCAAAAGCAAUUUGGUGUUAUUGGUUCAACAAAGGUUAAAAAAGACUGGACAAGUUCCCUAACACCACCCUCAUCAAGAGCAAAUCUACAGGGUGAACCCACUACACCAUCAUCUACCGCCACCACAACUGUGUACAAUUCUCUCCAUAGCCCAAUAGAACAUUUCGACGUUGUUGAUGGUCUUAAGCCGCAACAUAAUUCAGCUUAUUUCACUCACGCUAACACCAGCCGCCAUACUCAUUCCUCCCACCACCACCACAGUCACAAUUUUGACAUGGAAACAGCAACUGCAGCUUCUGCAUCACCCAAAGGUGGCAUUGAGACAUCUGGCAGUCCUCAUUAUGCAUACAAUAAUAAUCUCCUGUAUUGUGCUCCCAAUACCACAACAGUAGCCACCAACACCACAGCAGCAUCUUCAAUACACACGUCAUAUCAUUCCCCUCUAGCCGGCAUACCCAUUGCCGCAUUGUCCCCUUCGCCGGUCUCUUCGACUUUGUCCACACCCACCGAAGCCACAGAACAUUUUGGCAUUGCACACGAUGACGAUGUAGAUGCGGCUGCUGUUAAUGAACUUUCGCAGCGUUUGCAGGCUGAAUUACGUGCUGCCAAAAGUCGUCAUUUAUCAUGUACUGAAGUCUCCUUGCCUUGGGAUUUAACACCUCGUAUAGCGGCCGAUAUGAUUAAAACAUCGGAGAGGGAACCGUGUGGUGUUCGAGGUUGUGCUAUUUUUAUUGAUUUUGAAGAUGAGACAGGCAGUGCCAGGCGCAUUGCUUCCUUUAAGGUUGAUCCAAAUACCGUUUCAACAUUUGAAUUAUUUUUAACAUUAAAACAAGACAAAGGUGGCUGGACUUCAUUAUUGCCACAAUUUCUCAAAAAUCUUACCCGCAGCAGUACAAUUUUAAUAAGUCCACAUUUUACAUUACAUAAACAUAAACUUUAUGCCUGUGAGUAGGAAUUUUUUUUAUAAAUGAAAAUGAAAAGAAAUCAACCACAAAAACAACAUAAGAAAAAACCACCUAAAUGUACAAAUGAAAAAGAAGAAAAACUGAAAUCAGAAAUCAUUAAAUAUAAACAAAUAAACGAAUAAAUAAAUAUAAACAACAAACACACACAAACAAAAAAGUUAAAUGAAAACUGAAACCAAACAAAAAUACGAUAAAGAUUGAAAAAAAUAUUAAAAUAUGAAUAAGAAGAUAAAGAUGAGCUAGAAAAGGCGCUGUCAAUUGUGUUUAAUAAUAAUAUUAUUAUUAUUAUAAUUUAAGUACACAUAUACAUAUAUAAAUAACGAUAACAAAUAGUUAAUCCCUCCGAUUAAGAUGAACAAGUUUUCGAAGAAAAAGAACAUGAUAAUAAUGAAGUAAAUGAACAAUUGAACUCGUUUAUAAAACACUUUCUUAUACAUUUUAAUUAAUUUUUAUUUUUCGUUCACCUUUACUUAAAAUAUUGUUUUGUAACAAUGUCAAAACAUAAAUACCCAAAAAACUAAACUUGUAAUAAUGGGAAAACUUUGGACCAUAUUUUCACUUACAAUCACUUACUAUUAUUCACUACUACUGACUUCUUUUCAUCAUGAACAACUCCACAACUCAAUUCUUAAAUACAAUUAUCAAUAGAGAUAAUAAAAGAAAAAAUUAAUAUCUCUUGUACUUUUUUAAGAAUACGAAAAAACAAAACAAAAUACUUUACACCUUAAAAAAUACUUUCUUUAGAAAAACACCACAACACUUUGUAUACUUUUUUUUAGAGAAAAAAAAAAAACUAUAGUUUAUAUAAAAAUACACACACUAUUGAAAACCUGCAGAGUUGCAGGCAACUUUAAACAUUAACAAAAUUAUUACACCAAAUAUUUAAAUUCUAGAAAAUAGCUACAAAACAAACAAAAAUAAAUAUAUUGACUGACUUUUUGGCAAAAACUAAAAAAAACAAAACAAAA